AUGGGAACGAGCGAAGGUGGUGGUGGAUCGUCGGGAAGUGGAGGAGAUAGUGGACCGGAGGAGAAGAAUGUUGGUAGUAGUCGCUCUAAGUUUGAACACUCCGGAUGGGUUUAUCAUCUGGGCACCAAUUCCAUCAAACGCGAAUCCUGUAAUCGUCGAUUUCUACAUAUUAAGGGAAAAUACGUGAUGAUGUAUAAGCGCGAUCCUCAUGAACAUUCAGGCACUAAACCAAUACGAAGGGGUGUUGUUGGCCACACACUUAAGCUGGAGGAGCUAGGAUGUCGGAAAGUCAAUGAUGGUGAUCUUUAUGUUUUGAAGUUCUCCAAUCGACUAGAUGAGGAGAAAAAAGGAGAAAUUGGUUGUGCUACAGCUGGAGAAACCCGAAAAUGGAUGGAAGCAUUAGAACAAGCAAAGAAACAGGCCGAAUUAGAGCUUUCUCAAACCUCUAAUACAAGAAACAAAUUAAGCAAGGAGAGCGAGAUUGAUCUUGAACGACAAGGUCCUCGCAAUAGGGUAAAGCGAUACGCUAGUGGUCUAAAGAGGCUCAUAAGUAUAAAACGCGGCGAGUCACUUGUUCGUAGAUCAUUAAGCUUGAGUGGAAGUAAUAAGAAUGUUGAGUUCUGUGAAGGCGAUGUUGCUGAUGUCAUCGAAGGGCAUGAAUGGAAAUGUGUUCGCACACUCCGUGGUGUCAGAAUCUUUGAGGAUGCGUCUAUUUAUAAGGGUAAUAAAGGUGUCCUAGUGAAGGCUGUUGGUAUUAUGGAUGUGAGUCCAGAUUCUGCCUUUGAGGUGAUAUUGAGCCUUGAUCGACAUCAAAGAUAUGAGUGGGAUGCAUUGACAAGUGAUUUGGAGUUAGUAGAUUCUAUAAGUGGAAAUUCUGAUGUUGUUUAUGGGUCUUAUGAUCCUAGACAUAUAAAUAGGUGGAAAUGUAAGCGCGAUUUCAUAUUCUCGAGGCAAUGGUUUCGUGAUCAAGAUGGAGCAUACACAAUCUUACACUUCCCUGCAGUACAUAAAAAGAAACCUCCACGAUCAGGAUAUCAGCGAACAAAAGUCAGCCCAUCAACUUGGGAGAUCAAGAACUUAACAACAAAUGUGCCUUCAAAUGGUGGUAGAUGUCUCGUAACACAUAUGUUAGAGGUACAUUCUAGAAGCUGGUCGAAAUGGAAGAAUAAUCAAUCUUCAAAGUUUGAAAAGACGAUUCCCUAUGCCUUAUUGAACCAAGCAUCGGGUUUAAAGUCGUACCUUGACACAAAGUAUGUACCCAAUGCAAAGCCUGAAGAACCCAAACAUGAAUCAUCAUCAUCAUCAUCAACAUCAUCCACCACAGUUUCACAAAAUGAAGUUUCGUCACCCACUAGUGAAUAUGAAGAAGAUGAAAUUGCUGAUCAAUUUUAUGAUGCGAUUUCCGCUUACUCAUCAUCAGAUGAUGAUGAUAGUGAUUAUGAUGAUGCUCCACUUGACACCAAGGGAUCGAGUAUUAUGUUGCAGACAGCUUCCUUCUCGAAUCCAAAUAGGGUCCCAGAUCCGUGUGCUGAUGGUGAAUUAGAUCCACUUUCAUCUCCAAUUACAGUUGAUCCUAGUCAACUUCCUGGAUCUAUGUCUGAAGGGAAGAGUGAAAGUGACACAAAUUGUUGGACAUCUCCAAAUGGGAAAGGGUUUAUGAUAAGAGGAAAGACAUACUUGCAAAAUAAUGCUAAGGUAGCUGGAGGGAAUCCCCUUUUGAGACUCGUAGCAGUUGAUUGGUUUAAAGUUGACAAUCCGGUAGGCAAGGUUGCUUUGCAUCCCAAAUGCCUUGUCCAGUCGGAUGCCGGGAAAAAACUUCCAUUUGUUCUGGUCAUGAACUUGCAAGUGCCAGCUAAGCCAAAUUACAGCCUAGUUCUCUACUUUGCUGCUGAUAGGCCAAUAGCCAAAGACUCUUUGCUGGAAAGAUUUAUUAAUGGAACAAACACUUUUCGUGAUUCAAGAUUCAAAUUGAUUCCAAGCAUUGUCGAUGGGUAUUGGAUGGUCAAACGUGCAGUUGGAUCAAAAGCUUGCCUAUUAGGGAAAGCUGUAACAUGCAAUUAUCUAAGACAAGAUAAUUUUUUGGAGAUUGAUGUGGAUGUUGGUUCCUCAUCGGUUGCAAGGAGUGUCGUUGGCAUCGUUCUUGGAUAUGUAACAGGCAUCGUGGUUGAUCUUGCCAUCUUAAUAGAGGGUAAGGAACAAGCAGAACUUCCAGAGUACAUUCUUGGAACUGUACGAUUAAAUAGAGUGAGGCUUGAGUCUGCUGUUCCUCUUGAAAGUUAA